AUGAAUUUCUUCAAGACUAAGCCAAGAACUCCGCCUGAUCUUGUUCGGGGUCUACGUGACGCAAUAAAUCGAUUAGAGUCGGGUGCCCCUGGAGGAGAGACCAGGAGAAAGGCGAGUUUAGCUACCGAAGAUGUCUCAAAGAAUUUGCAGCAGAUUAAGGGUAUUCUCUACGGCGAUGGUGAACCAGCGCCGGAACUUGUUGCCCAACUAGCACAGGAAACGUACAACACAGACUUACUCCUCCUUCUUGUUCAGAACAUCUCGCGGUUUGAGUUUGAGGCGAGAAAGGACGUCGUACAGAUUUUCAAUAACCUGCUUCGUCGACAAAUCGGCUCGCGAUGGCCAACUGUAGAAUAUCUCUCAGGAAAGCCUGAGGUUAUCUUCGCAGCGCUAGGGGGCUAUGAGAACGAGGAAGUAGCUUUGAACACGGGAAUGAUUUUGAAAGAGAUGUUGAGGCAUGAGCAACUUGCCAAGAUUCUGUUACACUCCGAACAAUUUUACAAGUUCCCACACUAUAUCGAAACCACAACCUUUGGUAUUUCAUGCGACGCUUUUGCGAACCUCAAGGAAACUCUGACACGACACAAGCCUAUGGUGGCUGAGUAUCUUGAUAAGAAUUAUGACAGAUUUUUCUCCUCUUUCACCACCCUUAUUCUUUCCAAUAACUAUGUGACCAAACGACAGUCGUUGAAACUUCUCGGAGAAAUUCUCCUGGAUCGGGCCAACUUCAACGUCAUGACACGCUACAUUGCUAAUGAAGCAAAUUUGAAGAUGAUGAUGAACCUUCUCAGGGAUAAAAGCAAAAAUAUCCAGUUUGAAGCGUUCCAUGUGUUUAAGGUUUUUGUGGCGAAUCCCAAGAAACCACCGCAGAUUGAGAACAUCCUGAGGAGAAAUAAGGAAAAGUUACUGAAUUUUUUGAAGUCUUUCCAUAACGACAAAGAAGAUGAACAGUUCAGUGACGAGAAACAGUUCCUCAUCGUUCAGAUUCAGAAUUUGUGA